AUGGCAACCGGUGGUAGGUCGGAUGACCAACAUCAGGCAAUGAUUAGCAAUGCUCCUGGCAGUUUUAAUGAAUUUAAAACUCAUCUAGAUGUUUGCAGGAGUUCCAGUGACGUUAGCGACGUGAGUUCUUCAGCGUCAUCGACUUUCUCAGUCCGGAAUGCAAGAGUGAAGUUGGAGCUGGCACGCCUAAAUGCCCGUCAAGAAGAAGAACUCUCAGCUUUAGAAGACGACUUGCGUAAGCUUCGGACAAGACACGCUUUACAGGCUGCUGAAACAGAAUCAAAGCUGUGCCAGGGCGAAGCGAAAAAUGCCAUUGAUCAUUGCUCAAUGAUGGAACCGAGUCGCGGAUAUCGCGAAGCUAUGAGAGAGCUGAAGAAUGAAUAUGGUAAAGAUCAUGUCAUUUCCCGCACCUGUUUGGACAGGUUGAAGCGUGGUCCGAAGUUGAACUUUGACGACGCGAAAGGUAUGCAAGCGUAUGCGCGACUGAUGCGGAAAUGUGGCUUAGUUCUUGGAGAAAUCAGUGAGUACGACAAUCUUAAUAAUUUUGACAAUUUGCUGGCCAUUGUUAAACGAUUGCCACCAGAGUCACAAAACGCUUGGGAUUUCAAAGUGGCAACAAUUUUAGAAACGGAGGAUCGUGAAGCUAGUUACAACGACCUCUCUAAAUUUGUCACCGAGCAAGCUAAUGUUUCAAGAUCAGACUUUCGUUUUGCCCGUAGAGAUAGAAGGCAAUCAAAUUAA